AUGAGCUCCCCGGCGAGGUCGACCGUCUCGGCGGCGAGUGGGGGAGCCGUCUCGGCCGCCGAAGACGUCGCCGAUUCCAUCGACGCGCUCUACCGCAAGGACGAGGCCAUGGCUGAGAUCAAGUCUGAGGUGAUGGAGGCGCUGCAGAGGGAGGUGAGGUCGCUCGACGACGACAGCUGGAUGUUCGCCGCGCCCCGGUCCCGCAUCAACCUCCAGCCCGUUCGGCAGGGCUGA